UUUUAUUUCGAAACUGAAAGUUACAACUCCACUACUCUUAAUGAUGUCAAUUUUCAACAAAAGGAUUUAUAACUAACUUUCUAUUGAGUUAUUACCUGUCAUUCAAGAUCUUGAAUUUAUCUUCUAUUUUAAAAGAAAAAUCAUGAAAUACUAAUAUAAUGUUUAAUCUGGAUAUAGUAUUGUAUACACGUAUUUUCGGUCGAGUUUUCUUAAAAUAGAUGUGAAGCAAGUUUGUCCAUGUAAUGGUCGAACACUAAGAUAUGUUAGGGUCCGUCGGAUGCAUAUUGGUCAAAGUCCACUGGCACAUUAUUUUCAAUAUAUAAAUAUUACCAACUUGUAGUAACCACCAGGUCCACCACGCUUAACGCGAGCCUUAGUUUAAAGUAUUAACAUUGUCCUCAUUAAUAUUAUUUUUCAAAAUAAAUUAAAACCAACAAGAAUAUCCAUCGGCCGGCUAACAUAUAUGAAAAUUGUGGGUUGUUUUCAUAGGAGAAAAAAGAAAAGAAAAACUGGACAUUUUAAAAUAUUAGAUCAAAAAGAGGAAUUGAGAAAGGAACCUUUGAAGUUAGACGUCCAUAAACGUGGUUGCCAAACACACUUUCCAAGAGAUAUAUGUUAUAUAUAUCAAGUUUCUUCUCAUCCAAGCGACAGUGUCUUUCAUUUUCUUCCUCAGUGUUUCAUUUCUUUACGAUUAAGAUGGAAGGCGAAGUAGCACAGAAGAACACAAGAGACAGCUGGUCACUGCUUCGACCAUUUCAGAUGAUAUCCAUUAGUCUUCUUAGCCUCCUCGUCCCUCUAUCCUUCCUCUUCCUUUCGCGUCUCUCUCUCUCCUCAGUUCCCGUCACCGUCCCCCGCGUAUCCUCCUUUCUCCAUCAAGCCGAUGUCGGAGUCUUAUACACAAUCUUAUCUCUCAUGAUCGUCUCCACUUUAGUCAACAACCUCUCAGGAAAACCAGAAUGCUCUCUUUUGCAUUCCCAUCUCUACGUCUGCUGGAUCGUUCUCUUCCUCGUCCAAGCUUGUGUCGCCUUCGGAAUCGAAGGAAUCAUGAGCACCACCACGCCAACAAAUGCAGACGAAAACUUAUUUCUUGCGUCACAAGAAAGGUGGGUCUUGGUUAGGGUUAUGUUCUUUUUAGGGCUACACCAAGUGAUGCUGAUGUGGUUUAGAGUUGUGGUUAAGCCGGUGGUCGACGACACCGUUUUUGGGGUUUACGUUGAGGAGGAAAGAUGGUCGGAGAGAGCGGUCGUGGCGGUGACUUUUGGUCUAAUGUGGUGGUGGAGGCUUAGAGACGAGGUAGAAAGUUUGGUGGUAGUUGCAGAGGUUAAACGUAAGCUUCUGGCUAGUUUGGAUGCUUUUGACUUUUUGAACUGGUGGAUGUAUUACAUAUGUGUUGUGAUUGGUAUGGUGAAGAUCUUCAAAGGUGUUUCGUAUUUUGUGAAUAUGUUCAUUUUGACCAUUAAGAGGUCGAGGAAAGGAUGUGAAUCUUGUGUUGUUGUUGAUGUUGAUCAUGUGUAAGACAUUCGACACUUUUUAGUGUCAAUUGAAGUUUUUUUUUAAACUCAAAAAACUCAUUCAGUUGUUUUUUUAUCAUUCUGAUUUCUGACGGACUUGACUAGAAUGUCAACAAAUAGUAGAAUACUAGGAUAAAACAUGCUUCUUGCGCAUGGUGAAUUUAUUUAUAUAUUAUAGAUAAUUUAUUUAUAUAUUUAAUCAUUUUAUUUAUAUAUAUAUAUAUACAAUAUUUUUUGUUGUUAUUAUAUAAUUUUUUUUCGAUAGACCAGAUCAGUUUUCAUUAAAAAUUGUGGAACUAAACUAUAAUUAAUAUAUCAUGGGUUAAUCGGAUUAGACAUUAAAUAAAUUAUAACACAAAAACCUUAUCUUUUUCUACCGAACAUAUUUUUGAAAAAAGUGAACAAUAAUGUUUCCACAGUGAAUUAUUUUGACAUUUAUCUUCCAUAUGGUUUUGAAAGGUUUCAGAUCAACCGUUGAAUUGAUACAUGUCAUUUUAAUG